AUUGACUGGAUAUGUGUUGCCAUCUUAAAUAAAAACUGCGCAAAAAUAAAUAAAAAAACACCCAACAUGUUCAAUAACAAAGUAGUAAUAGUAACUGGUGCAAGCUCUGGAAUCGGAGCAGCAGUGUCACUUCUUUUUGCCAAAGAAGGUGCCAAUGUAACAAUCGUUGCCAGAAAUCUUGCUAAACUUACAGACAUUGGCAAGAAAAUCGAAGCAACUGGCAAGAAACCACUCAUCAUCCAAGCUGAUAUCUCCAAAGAAGAAGCUGGAACAGUAAUAUCAAAAACAAUCGAUCAUUUUGGACAAUUGGAUGUACUUGUCAACAAUGCUGGUAUUAGUUCGCAAGGAUCUAUAAUGAACGGCAAAAUUGUAGAAGCGUACGAUGAAGUGAUGAAAACUAACGUUCGAGCUGUGAUUCACCUUACAAGCUUAGCUGCUCCAUAUUUAGCCAAGACUAAAGGGAAUAUAAUAAAUGUUUCUAGCGGUGCCGCACUCAGACCAAGCAAGGAACCAACAAGCGCAUCAUACCACAUAUCCAAAGCAGCUUUAGAUCAUUUUUCAAGAUGUGCUGCUUUAGAAUUAGCAACAGUAGGAAUCAGAGUGAAUACAGUAAAUCCCGGGCCAGUAGACAACGAUUUUUUUACUAACAACGGUGGUGAUAAUAGUCUUAAAAGUGAUCAUAAGAAAAUUAUGGAAGACCUUACCGCUCUUGGUUAUCUUUCAACCAAUGAAGAGAUUGGACGUGUUAUCUUGUUUUUGGCUAGUGAUAAAGCUAGAAGUGUAACAGGAUCCAGCUAUUGUAUUGAUAGCGGUAUUCUUUUGAAGUAUUAAACACAAACAGCAUCACCAAAAUAUUAGAUAACAUAUUUUGUGAAUAACUUUUAAUUUUAGAACGUUGCAUGUUGCGUGC